GCGGGAGAGCGCCAUGGCGGCGGUAUCCGGUCCCCGCGCCGCGACGAGGUGAAGGAACGCCUCUUCACGGCUGAGGAGGCCACAGCCGCCCACUUGCUUUCCACGCGGGACUCGGCUCCGGCAUGGCCGGGAUCAUUAAGAAGCAGAUCCUGAAGCACCUGUCCCGGUUCACUAAGAAUCUUUCCCCAGACAAAAUCAAUUUGAGCACCCUGAAAGGGGAGGGUCAGCUGACCAACCUGGAGCUGGAUGAAGAGGUUCUACAGAAUGUGCUGGAGCUGCCUACCUGGUUAGCCAUCACUCGGGUUUAUUGCAACAGGGCCUCCAUCCGGAUCCAGUGGACAAAGUUGAAGACACAUCCGAUUUGCUUGGUAAUGUGCCUGGAUAAGGUGGAGGUGGAGAUGAAGACAUGUGAGGAGCCUCGACCUCCCAAUGGACAGUCUCCCAUUGCCCUUGCUUCAGGACAGAGUGAGUAUGGCUUUGCCGAGAAGGUGGUGGAAGGGAUGUUUAUUAUCGUCAAUUCCAUCACCAUCAAGAUUCACUCCAAGGCCUUCCACGCUUCUUUUGAAUUGUGGCAGCUUCAGGGCUAUAGUGUCAACCCCAGCUGGCAGCAGAGUGACCUCCGUCUCACCCGCAUCACCGACCCCCACCGAGGAGAGGUUUUAACAUUUAAGGAAAUAACUUGGCAAACACUUCGGAUUGAGGCAGAUGCUACAGACAAUGGUGAUCAGGACCUAGUCACCACCCCACUGAGGCUUAUUACCAACCAAGGCAGAAUCCAAAUAGCCCUCAAGAGACGAACCAAAGAUUGCAAUGUGGUAGCCUCCAAGCUGAUGUUCCUGUUGGACGACCUGCUCUGGGUGCUGACUGACUCACAGCUCAAGGCUAUGAUGAAGUAUGCAGAGUCACUGAGUGAGGCCAUGGAGAAGUCUGCCCAGCAGAGAAAGAGCCUGGCCCCUGAACCUGUACAGACCACUCCACCUGCUCCCAGUGCCCACCAGUCCUGGGCCCAGGCAUUUGGUGGCAGCCAGGGCAGCAGCAGCAACAGCAGCAACCGCCUCAGCCAGUACUUUGAGAAAUUUGAUGUGAAAGAGUCCUCCUACCAUCUGCUCAUCUCCCGCCUGGACCUGCACAUUUGUGAUGAUAGCCAGUCCCGAGAGCCAGGUGUCUCUGCAAACAGACUCAUGGGUGGUGCCAUGCAGCUUACCUUUCGCAAGAUGGCAUUUGACUAUUACCCCUUCCACUGGGCAGGUGAUAGCUGCAAACACUGGGUGCGGCACUGUGAGGCCAUGGAGAACCGAGGCCAGUGGGCCCAGAAACUGGUGAUGGAAUUUAAGACUAAAAUGGAGAAGUGGCAUGAGGAGACGGGUCUGAAGCCUCCCUGGCACUUGGGGGUAGACUCUUCCUUCCGGAAGAAAGCAGAUUCUCUCUCCAGUCCUCGAAAGAAUCCCCUUGAGAGAAGCCCUUCUCAGGGCCGACAGGCUACCUUUCAACCUCCGGCAUGGAAUCGCUUACGCUCCAGCUGCAUGGUAAUACGGGUGGAUGACUUGGAUAUCCACCAGGUGUCUACAGCUGGACAGUCCGGUAAGAAGCCAUCGACACUCCUUUCCUGCAGUCGGAAACUUCACAACCUACCCUCUCAGGCCUCUGCCAUUCAUAUUGAGUUCACAGAGUAUUAUUUCCCAGAUAAUCAAGAGCUUCCAGUUCCCUGUCCCAAUCUCUACAUUGAAUUAAAUAGUCUGACAUUUACUAUGGAUCCUGUCAGCUUGCUCUGGGGAAACCUCUUCUGCCUGGAUUUAUACCGUAGCUUGGAGCAGUUCAAAGCUAUCUACAAACUGGAAGAUUCAAUCCAGAAAGAUGAACACUUGGACAUUCGACUGGAUGCCUUCUGGUUGAAGGUGAGCUUCCCACUGGAGAAGAGAGAGCAGGCUGGGUUGCAUCGGCCCCAGGCCCUUAUCUUCUCUGCAUCAGGCAUGACUGCCACCAAUACACGUCAUGCCCCACACUGCAGCUGCCCAGACCUUCACAGUCUCUUCCAGGGUUUUGCUACUGCAGAGUUCUUUCAUUCCAAUUAUGUUCAGUUCCCCAAGGUUCCAGGUGGCUUCAGCCUUCUGCACAUGCUUUUUUUACAUCAUGCCUUCCAGAUGGAUUCCAGCCACCCUCAUCCAAAUACCCUUCCUCCCCAGAGGCCUAUGGCUUCCCAGGAUCUCUGGUCCAUCCACUUUCCCCAGAUCUCCUUGGACUUUGAGGGAACAGAGAACUUCAAAGGCCGUACCUUGAAUUUUGUGGCCCCCUUUCCCUUGUCCAUUUGGGCCUGCCUACCACUUCAUUGGCAGCAAGCUCAGGCACAGAAGCUACUUUUAGCUGCAGAAGGGAAGCUGAAAUCAUCAGCCAGCUUUGGCAGUCCUGUUCAGUCUGAGACCCUUGCCCCUGACACUGUGCCCCAUGUGAGGUCAAAGACUGAGCAUGAUUUGAAAAGCCUGUCAGGCCUUACAGAAGGCAAGGAGAUUCUCAGAGAAGACAGUGGUGGCAUGGACAACAAAGAGCUUCUGGCCAAGCUGGAGGACGUGGCAGAUGUUCACAUGCUCGUGCACUCCCCUGAACAUGUCCGUGUGAGGCUUGACCAUUACCAGUACUUGGCUCUGCUCCGCCUGAAGGAGGUGCUCCAGCGUCUUCAGGAGCAGCUGACCAAGGAUACAGAGGCCAUGACUGGGGCUGCCCUGCAGGAGCAGACAGCUUGCAUUGGGGUCCUCUUUCCCAGUGCUGAGGUGGCUCUGCUCAUGCAUCCUGCCCCUGGUGCUGCCGAAGGUGACUCUGCAGGUUCAGAUACCACCAGCCUUAUAGAUUCAGAGCUGUCGCCUUCGGAGGAUCGCGAGCUGAAGUCUGAUGUCUCCUCAGACCAGGGCCCAGAAAGCCCUGAGAAGGUUCUGCAGGAUGGUGGCAUUGAAAAUCUGGAUGCACCCCAGGAUAGGCCACUGCCUCUCCAUAGCAACGGGGAACUGCAGGACUCAGAUUCUCUUGCACAGCAGUUGGCAGGGAAGGGCCAUGUGGCAGUCGAUUCCCUACAGGCCAAGAGACUGAGCAAGGCCCAAGCAUCCAGCUCACCAUCUGCCCUGAAGUCCCCAGGUGUUAGAGAUACAGCUAUGAAUGGACAAGGUGAGCUCAUGCCCUUGAAGAACAUUGAAGGAGAAUUGUCAAGUGCUAUUCACAUGACCAAGGAUGCCACCAAGGAGGCUCUACAUGCCACCAUGGGCCUCACCAAGGAAGCUGUGUCUUUGACCAAGGAUGCCUUCAGUCUGGGCAGAGACCGAAUGAGCUCCACCAUGCACAAGAUGUUGUCCUUGCCCCCAGCCAAGGAGCCCGUGGCCAAGAUAGAUGAGAGGGUGGCAGCCCCAGUGAGUGGAGGUGCUUCCCGACUCCGAUUUUUUUCCAUGAAGAGGACAGUAUCUCAGCAGUCAUUUGAUGGUGUAUCAUUGGAUAGCAGUGGCCCUGAAGACCGGAUUUCAGUAGACAGUGAUGGCAGUGACAGCUUCGUGAUGCUCUUGGAGUCUGAGUCUGGUCCAGAAUCUCUUCCACCAGGAUCUCUUCCAAGUGUCUUGGACAGCACUGGUGUUCAAGGGAGCCCUGUCGUGGGGAGUUGUGGCCAGGAGUCAUCGGAGGCUAACAGUUCGGACUCACCUAGUGGGCAGGACCUCAGUCCUCAUCCGAUCUCAGUUCUGGUGCUGAAGGUGAAUGAGGUGUCUUUGGGGAUUGAGGUACGUGGCGAGGACCUGACUGUGGCCCUGCAAGCAGAGGAACUGAGCCUCCAGUACCUGGGCACCGUGGGACUGUGGCAGUUCCUGCAUGGACAGUGCCCGGGUAUGAGCUUUCAAGAAUCUUCAACUUUGAAGACUUGCCACAUCAGGCCAGCUGUGGGCCUUCGCUUUGAGGUGGGGCCUGGUGCAGCUGUUCAUUCUCCCCUAGCCAUAAAGAAUGGCUUCCUGCAUUUGUUACUUCAGGGCUGUGAUCUUGAACUGCUCACCUCAGUGCUCAAUGGCCUGGGGCCCUUCUUGGAGGAUGAGGAGAUUCCAGUGGUAGUUCCCAUGCAGAUUGAGCUCCUGAACUCCAGAAUCACCUUAAAGAAUCAGUGGAAAAAAUAUCCUCAGGAUGAUAUUCCCCCCAUCUACCCGACAUCUCCAGGCCCCGUGCCCGUCACUCUGGCCAUGGAGCGUGUUGUGCUGAAGAGGAGUGAUGAUGGUGUGUUCCAUAUAGGCGCUGCUGCUCAGGAUAGACCAUCAGCUGAAGUACCUAAAAAUGAGAAGAGACAGCCACCCCCGAAACAGGUGUUUUUGGUGCCCACAGAGGAGGCUUUUGGACAGCAGGUGAAAGAACUGCCUACUCUACAAAAGGAACUUAUAGAAACCAAACAAGCAUUGGCCAGUGCCAACCAGGAUAAAGAAAAACUUCUUCAGGAGAUUAGGAAAUAUAACCCCCUCUUUGAGCUCUGAUAGCAGUGGCUCAGCCAUCUGUGCCAAGGAGAGAGGAGAUCACCAGCAAUAGCACCACCUGUGACAGAAGGCAGCCUCCAGUGUUGAAUAAGUAGGCUAAGGAUGCCAGAGGGACCGGGGAGUGCUUAACUCCUUUCUGAUAGCUGUCCUUGGAUGCAGAUAGGACAGAGUGUGACCAUGUUCCAAGAAACUGGGGGCAGCUUUGUGCGUGGCACAAGUAUCAUGUCUUGUCUAUGUAAAGCCUUUUGGUCCCCUGCACACUAGGUGGAAUCUUUUCCACACUGUAGGGCCAUUUCACCAUGUGGUUUCAUGACAGACAUUUGCUUCCUCCACAACCAUUGUGAACAAGGGAAAGUAUUCACUUCCUCAGUCACCCAUAGGGCCACCAAAGAUUCUCUGUCCUAGAGUUUCCUGUAGCAGACCUGAACAGUUCUUGGCCUAGCUCUAGCCAUGGUAGUAGAGUGGAACCAGCAACAGCCAGCAUGGCGGGAGCCAGGAAAGGCACAAGAUAAGGAAGACCAGGACCCUGCUUUUUUUGGAAGGGGAACCAAGCUCAUCAUCUUGGCUGAUACUACAAUCAGAUUUUUCAGGGUUAAGCUUCCUUUGUUGUGCUUUCAUCAUUGUGAUGCUGUGGUAGAAAGUAAACAACAGUAGCAGCUCAGUUGUAUCAUCUUUCCCUUCUAUAACCCAAUUUAUUUGGAAUUUAAGUCAAGAAAAAAAUAUUCACUCUGAGCUAGGUUGAAGGCAUGAUGAUGUGGUAGGGAUCAGUGGGGAGCUUGAGUCUGAGCCCCAGGUGCCUGCCUAGAGCCGUCUCCCUGGGGUCCCUGGCACAUCCGGCUCCCUAGCACUAUGACUUUCUGCCUGCACUCUCCUUAGCACUUGGUUUGGGAGCUGAAAAUGUGUUUUAAACAGUAACAAACAUCUUAGCCUGUUGCAUCCCACUCCCCUCUAUCACUGUGGCUUUUCAAAAUCAUGUAAGUUUGACUUAAAAAAACCACCCUUCAUCCUAGCUAGGAUUUGCCCCUGCCUCAUAAAAGCACAAUUUCCUCCUCCUUUUUUCUUACCUAAUUCUUCCCAACACUCUGCCUUCAUCUAUACUGUUUUGUGUACUUCAAGUUGUGUUGAUUGGAUAGAAACACAUCAGCUAACUCACCGUGAACUGGCAGGAUGGUAAACAAGUGAUUCAAUAGUAUCAGCAGAGUGUAAUCACAUAGAGCUAUGGAAGGUAAGAUAAAAUUGUUUCUCUGUGGGAAAUCAUGCCUGACUUGUAGAUUUUUGAGGAUAAAAAGAAACGUGUGUUCAGGAAGGAAUAAGAUCUAAUUUGUUCCGACUUUUAAAGAACUUCUGUCAGAUUCUUCACUAAGGCAGUUUUAAAAGCACCAGUUACCAUGACAUUGAGGGAAUAUUUUGUCAUGCUUAGGAAACAACUUAGAGACUUAAGAAACAUCUUUCUGGAGAGAAUGUUAACAGGGGAAGUUUCCUACUGGUUGAUGUUUGUUUUAACUUUAUUCAAGAUUUUUAUAAAGAACUGGAAAGUAGGAUAUUAUAAUGCAAUCAUAUGUCACUACUUCUAGGCAUUGAAAGGUAAACCAGAGAGACUUUAAAAAAGCAAAAUUGCAGAAGGGACACAGCCAGGCUGUGAAGACUCAGGAAAGUGACAGGUGAGGUUCGGUGAAGUAAUGCACUUACAGAAAGCUUAGCAGCUGACGAGGCAGUGAGCUGUUAGAACUCAGGAAGGAAACCUAGGCAUUGCUGAGAGGGGAGGGGUCGAUGUGCUGCUAUGGCUAAAAGGCCAACAACAUCAUCAGCAAGGAGACAACACAGAAACAGACCUCACACACAGCCAUGCUAGUGUCUUAAUUACCUGUGUAUCUUGGGUGACCUUACCUACCAAAUAUAGGUGCAAAGAAUAGCAAAAAUGAUCAGGGGGUGAAGACAUUUAGAUGUGACACAGCUUUAAAAUGUUGGCUCUGUUCUGGAACGAUAACAGCUGAGGUCGGUGUUUGAUCAAAUAUCCAGUCAAGAGGAUGUUCACCAGGUCCUGAAAUACUAGCUCUGGGACCCUACCUCAUAGCCUUAGGUAAAAAAAAAAAAGCACUUCUCAUAGCAAAUCAGAAAUUUGUGGAGCUCACUGUCAAGUGGUGCUGCAGUAACUGCAUGAGUGCAGGAUGGGUAAGGAGUCCUUGCAUGGCCUCCCAAAAGGAAUUACAGGCCACUGGGGUCUACAACUCCACAUACUCCCCCUUAACACUUCUUUCAAAGGCAGAAUAGUGAACAAAUGGAUCACUGGUCCUCCCAAGUAUGGCACUCUUAAUGUUCUUGGAAGGGGAGUGGGGAGAUCCAGGAGCUGGAAAAUGGAAUUAUUCAAUCUUAGGCUUGCAAGAAUUGGUUUAAAAUAACACCCUGAUUUUCCUCUCUUCUCCCCACCCACCAUAUCCCUCAGGCAUCCCUCUAGGCAAAGAACAUGUCUAGCAGACAUUGCCUGGUAUACCUUCACCUUAAGCUUGUGCUCGGUGGAAGGCAAUAGAAACAAUCUGGGAAGUGCCAAGGCUAACCCCUUUAAUAGCCAGAGCUCAGUAGGGUCCUGGGCUCUCGGGAGCUCUUGUCCAUGUGACAAAUAGAGCUCUAAAUUUCUUACUUCCAUUAUAUGGCAGCUUUAGCCAUUUUAUCUUGAAAUCCUCCCUCAGGGAAUGUGGUAGUGGUCAU